CUCUUUUAUAACUCUUCAGCAUCACUUACAAUGGACUACACACCACCCCUGUCAGACGGCGGGUACGGCACCCCAAUGCCUGGACAAGCCGUACACGUUCCGCCAAUAAAAGCAAAGCCGCCGUUUGUCGCCGCCCAGCACCGGCCAACAGCGGAUGAUGGCCUCUUCCAUGUCCUCCUCGUGUCGUCGGGAGCGCGUGCAAGCUCCCAGGUGCCGUACAUCGUCGGAGCCCUGUCCAAGGAUCCACAAAUCGCCCUGCAGAUCGUCGCGACGGAGAGGUCACUACGCUACUAUGAUCAGCAAGCCGUGGACGCGGCCGUUAGGCACACCUGGAACCUGGCGCCUGAGGCGUCCACCGAGUUUGGUGUGAGGAUAUGGACCGACGCGGAUGAUUCAGCCGGCGCAAGUGUGAGUGGUAUCGUCGGCAGCAGCGCUGAUACCCAGUCGACCGACCCAAUACUGCACGUCGAGCUCCACAAGUGGGCCGACAUUGUUGUGGUCGCGCCUUGCUCGGCCGACAUGCUCGCGCAGAUGGUACAAGGGCUGAGUGGGAACCUUGCACUCGAGAUCACGCGGUCACUGGACACACAAACUCCACUUGUCAUUUGCCCAUCACUUUCAACGCCCAUGUUUCGCAACAGGUUUACAAAGCAGCACUUGACAGCGGCGACCGAAGAUCUUGGGGGCGUGGUUCUAGGACCACAAGCUCGCGGAAAGCUAGACUGCGGCGACGAGGGGGAGGGCGUGAUGACCGACUGGCGAGACAUUGUCAUUGCGAUUCAGGACUUUUCGUCCAUGUACCGCAUACGCAUGACUCAGAAGGAGGCCGAGGAGGCCGAGAGGAAUCCUGCACCGGCGGCUACAGCCUUUGAACGCCUUCAGGCCGACUUUGACGUCGACACCGUGUUCCACAAGCCCGGCGUAACCAAGUCGGCCAACCCCGAAGCCAACGGCGUGUCACUCAACUGGGCCGACGCCGGCUUCCCAGCAAAAGACAUCAUGCAGCAAAUGUUCCACCAACCGGGACUUCCGUCGACGCGUGAGCCAGGCUCGAGAUUGACAGGUGCGCGCCUCUCGUCCAUCUCAGAUGUGCUCCGAGAGCAAAUUGGCAAGCCCCCUCGGCCCCGCGACGAGAGCGACACGUUGGAUUGGCCAAAGAUCACCCCGUUCCAUGGUUCGACUUUGCCUCCGGUGGCAAAACCCACACCAACAAACCCGCCGCUGGAUGAGCCUGGAAGUGACAAGGUCGAAGGCCUCAAGGAGUUCUUCCACGACCGCGGGCUGAAGACGCCGCGCCAAGGCACAUUUGUCCGUGGGCCAGAAUCUGAGCCGAUGAGCAUGGAGCCACUGCGGCUGGGUCCGAUGGAACACUGGAAGGCCAUGGGCCAGGGGUCGUACUGGCAGACUCGGUGGUGGGCUGGGUAGGCGGUGCAGCAGUAGGGUAUGCUGAACUGUAAUGGGAUGGCAGGUUGUAUAUGGGAGGAGUAUUGGCGUUGUUGUUGCCCAACCCACUUUGCCCUGGAUGUUUCAUGUGGCCGUCCAUCAGGGGUCUAGACGUCAUGCACACUGGA